GAUAACAAAACACGCCCCAAUUAAUAUUUAACCUUUAAUGAUUCAAAAUGGCGGACCCAGAGCUAACCAAAGCAUUCUCUGAGCAUCAUACGAAAAUGAUAGAAACAAAUGCUAAUGUGACCAGAAUCCAGCAGCAGAUGGAGGAUCUUAAAUCAACAGCAAGGAGCUCACAACUGACAGAGAGAGUCAUAGCAUCUCUACCCGAAGGAACAAGACUAUAUGAGAGCAUUGGAAGAUUGUUUGUUCUUACAGCAGCUGCUGAGGUGAAGGAGCACAUGAAAACCAACCAAGAGGAAGCACAGCAAAAGAUUAAGCAAUUAGAGGUACCAGAUUAGCUCUAUCUCUCUGUG